AUUAAUGCUGAAAGGUACAUACAGGUUUUGGAGAAACAUAUGUUGCCAUCCAAGCAAUGUUAUCAUGGACGCCCCUGCUUAUUUCAGCAAAACGAUGCCAAGCCACGUGUUACAACAGCGUGGCUUCAUAGUAAAAGAGUGCGGGUACUAGACUGGCCUGCCUGUAGUCCAGACCUGUCUCCCAUUGAAAAUGUGUGGCGCAUUAUGAAGCCUAAAAUAGCACAAGGGAGACCCCCGGACUGUUGAACAACUUAAGCUGUACAUCAAGCAAGAAUGGGAAAGAAUUCCACCUGAGAAGCUUCAAAAAUGUGUCUCCUCAAUUCCCAAACGUUUACUGAGUGUUGUUAAAAGGAAAGGCCAUGUAACACAGUGGUGAACAUGCCCUUUCCCAGCUACUUUGGCACGUGUUGCAGCCAUGAAAUUCUAAGUUAAUUAUUUGCAAAAAAUAAAGUUUAUGAGUUUGAACAUCAAAUAUGUUGUCUUUGUAGUGCAUUCAAUUGAAUAUGGGUUGAGAAUGAUUUGCAAAUCAUUGUAUUCCGUUUAUAUUUACAUCUAACACAAUUUCCCAACUCAUGGUAACGGGGUUUGUAUAAAGCAAUCAGACGAUAUGGUUUUCAUCCAGCAGGAGGCGGUAUUAUGCAUCGGGUCGUCCAGCAGGGUGCGGUAGAAGAAGAAUGUUCGCAUAGUUUUUACUGAGCCAGUUUGUAAAUAUCAACAAUGUCGGACUGACUAUGAUGUCACGUCUACAAUGGAGGACAGUCUAUAAUGUCAAUUCUACAAUGGAGGACGGACUCGACGAGGGAAACUCUGACUGGAUGUCCCGUUUGCCUGAAGAGUACCUCGACGUGUCGCUGUGGAACUUGGCUCUUCCUGGUACUGUUAACAUUAGCAUGCCGACCGGAAGUUGUGUUUUCUCCUGCCAAAUGUCGCCAAUUUGUGUUCGUACGACUCUUUCAGGGAGUCACGACAGCAUGUCUUUCUGUCUGGACGUGUGCUCUCCUGUCUUACAAUCCGAGUCGUGUGUCCUUAGAGGGCUGGACAAAGUCGCUCCGUGUUGGACUCGGCGCUGUGUGUCCCGCUGGGCCACCACGCAGCAAGCUGUGCUCAGUCGCCAGUGUGACCUCGGCAUUCGCUUCUUGGACCUACGGAUUGCCAGGAAGCCAAAAGACUGCUGCAACUUAUUCUUUGCCCAUGGCAUCUACACGCGGAUUACUGUCAAGGAGGCCCUGGACGAACUGGCCACCUGGUUGGAUGCUCAUCCCAGAGAAGUUGUUAUCGUUUGCUGCUCCCAUUUUCAUUUUCUGACCCUGAGUGACCACACAAAGCUUGUAGAGUAUUUAAUCUCGCUGUUUGGACCCAAGCUCUGCUCCUCACAGGACAAUCCCACUUUGCGAUCCUGUUGGUCAAGAGGUCAGCAGGUCAUUGUUUCCUAUGACAACCAGGACAUGGCACAGGAUCACCCUGAACUGUGGACUGGAAUACCUUACUGGUAUGCUGACAGCCCGAACCCGGAGAAGGUGGUCGCCUACUUGGAAGCUCAGAAGCGCAAAGGAAGACCAGCUGGUUUUUACAUCAGUGGCCUGAACCUCACGGAACACGCGCCGUACAUCUUCUUCCACCCUUUGCAGAGCAUGAGGAAGAUGACGACGAAGGCCCUGGCGGUGCUGCUGGGCUGGGUGAGGGAACAACGGCCGGGACCUGAGGUGGACCGUGUGAACAUCGUCUGCUGCGACUUUGUGGAUGUAAGUCACUUCUGCGAUUGUGUGGUUGGCCUGAACUAUAAAGGCGGAGUGGACAGAAACAAAAAAAGACUGGCUUGUCAAUCCGCAUGCUGAUGGCGACAACAACUGAUGGCGACAACAACUGAUGGCGACAACAACUGAUAUAUCUUCUACUAUCUUCUUUCCCCACUUACAACAACUGAUAUAGCUUCUUUCCCCACUUGUGUCUUUUUAGCUAAUGUUGUGUUUUGCAUAACGGGGCUAUUUGUUCCCAAAAUGUGUAACUCUUAACAAAAAAUAUAGACCAAAAACUAAUGUCUACUACAAGGGACAUAUCUCAGGAGGA